AUGAGUCACAAUCAUUACUAUAGGAUCGUCGUCGUCGGUGUGCUGCUGCAGCUGAUCACCCUCACGUCACCCGCCGGUGCUGUCCGUUACGUGCCAAAGUGGAAGAAGCAGGCCUGCGAACUGCCAACGCCGCAAAACGAAUACUCUCACUACGUCUGCGACGACAACGGUGACGUAAAGUGUCUGCCCGGAUGGGCAGGCGAUCUGUGCGAUGUGCCGAUCUGCAAGAAGGGUUGUGAUCCGCUCCAGGGUUACUGCAAGCGACCGGGCGAGUGUCGCUGCAAGCUAGGCUUUUACGGUGAAAACUGUAACCGGUGCAUACCGCUGCCCGGCUGUCAGCACGGUGGCUGCCAGGUGUCGUUCGAAUGCGUCUGCCAUAAGGGAUGGGACGGUAUCUUCUGCUCGGAACCGAUCUGCCGUUCUGACUGUCACCCAUCGCGUGGAUACUGCGAGGCACCGGGCGAAUGUCGUUGCCGGUUGGGUUGGGCUGGUCCGACCUGUCGUGACUGUCAGGUACUUCCGGGAUGUAUGCACGGAACAUGCACGAAGCCGUUGGAAUGCAAAUGUCUACCAGGGUGGACAGGAAUACUGUGCCAGACGCCAAUCUGUGCUUCAAACUGCAGCCGCGAACAUGGAUACUGCAGACGUCCGGGGGAGUGCCGCUGCAAGGUUGGUUGGAUGGGACAGGAUUGUGCCAAAUGUCAUCCGUAUCCUGGCUGCGUUAAUGGAGACUGUAGGCGACCGUGGGAAUGUAACUGUAAGCCCGGUUGGGGUGGAAUGCUUUGCGAUGAAGAGCUCAACUACUGCGAAAACAAUCCAGACACCUGCCAGAACGGUGGGAAGUGUAAGUCGUUGAUCAAGGAUGAUGGAUCCUAUCGGUGCGAAUGUCCCACCGGUUACAAGGGACGUAACUGUGAGAUUCUGCCCAUGUCCAUGAUGACUUCGACGAGCAGUAGCAGCACCGAACCAUCCACUACUACCACGACCGAUGCGUCCAGCAGUGAUACAUCGUCGGAAUUGUCGGCCACUACGCUCGCGACGGAAAGUCUAGAAACGUACCGCAACUCAUCGCAAUUGUCAACCAGCGAAGAUUACCUGACCGAUGAAUACAGCUCGGAAGAUCUAGACAACGAAGCCUAA